AUGAAGGUUGUGAAUCUAGUGAAAAUCAUGACAGAUGAACAGAGAGCACGAAUGAAAGCUAGCAGAUUUAAGGUCCUUGAGAAAGAUGCAGCUAGGCGCCGCCAAUUGCAGUUAUGGAAGUUGAAAAAAGGGGUGAAGCGAAAGGAAAGCGCAAAGCCGAGAGUAAUGUACAAUAAGCAAGAGUUGGCGGGGAUGCAUUUUUUAAUUUCAU